AGUCAGAGCGCGCAGCAGGAAACACUUCACUGAUAAUCCUGAACCCCUCUGUCCACACACAGACCUCGAACGCGAGGUAAACACCACUCGAGCCUGCUCUACAUUACCAGCUGCCGUGGUUUCUUCAACCCGGGAUAACUAGUCAAACCUGUGUGAAUCGUGGACAGAGCCGGGGCGUCGGGCCGCGGUAAAUCAGGUGGUUGAGGAGAAUCCGUGAGGGAGGCAGCGCGAGGUUCCUGCUCUUCCAGGGAGGAUGAAGAGAUUCCGGCGACACGGGCAUGAGUCUCAGAGGGACAAACACCUACAGGAUCUUUAUCAGUUCAACAAGACUGUAGAGCAUGGCUUUCCUCAUCAGCCCAGCGCUUUGGGAUUCAGCCCCAGCCUAGAGCUCUUGGCAAUUGGUACCAGAUCAGGAGCCAUUAAACUGUAUGGAGCUCCAGGUGUGGAGUUUAUGGGACUUCAUGAUGAGAAUGCAGCAGUUACACAGGUCCACUUCCUGCCAAACCAGGUCGAGUUGGUCACUUUGCUGGAUGAUAACAGUCUGCACAUGUGGACACUUCGGGCCCAUAACGGUGUGUCUGAGUUGCUUGAGAUUGGACGUUUCACCCUCUCUGGUCCACCUGGCGCUGCCCCCAGCGUGACACGGGUGACGGCAGUCCUGGCACACUCAUCGGGUGAACUGCUACUGCUGGGCACAGAGGGAGGCCAUGUGUUUGUGGUGGAGGUACCAGGCUUCAGAGAGAUGGAGGAGAACAACGUUAGUGUAGAAGAUGUACAGAGCAGAGUUCCAGAGGAAUACGUUGGCCGCAGGAAUUUGGAGUGUGUGGAGACUCUGCAGGAGAACCCGCUCAACCCACGCCAGGUUCUUAUUGGCUACAGCCGAGGUCUCAUGGUUCUGUGGGAUCUGGAUCGCAGACGUCCCAUCCAGCACUUUCUGGGCACACAGCAACUGGAGAGUGUUUGGUGGAUGGAGGAUGGUGGGAACAUCCUCAGUUCCCAUAGCGACGGAAGCUACUGUAACUGGACGGUAACUGGCGAGGAUCCGCAAACUGAGCCCGAGAAACAAGAGAUACCAUAUGGCACCUUUCCCUGCAAGGCCAUUUCUAAAGUUAUACAGCUGCCAACGAAACAAGGUCCCCCAUUUCUCAUCUUCAGCGGAGGAAUGCCGAGGGCCAGUUACGGGGACAGACACUGCAUCUCCAUCAUUCACAGCAAAACACAUGAAGCUUUGGACUUCACGUCACGCAUUAUUGACUUCUUUGCUAUUCGGGAAGGAGAGAACCACAGAGGUGACCCUAAAGCUCUUGUGGUUUUGGUAGAGGAGGAACUGGUGGUGGUUGAUCUGCAAACUGAAGGUUGGCCCGUCAUCCGUACACCCUACCUGGUGCCAUUACACUGUUCAGCCAUCACAUGUUCUCAUCACGUCUCUGCCAUCCCGCUCAAACUGUGGGAGAGAGUGCAGGCGGCCGGGGACCAGCAAAGCACGCACUACUCCAAGAAGCCUUGGCCUAUAAAUGGAGGGCAGAAUCUUGCCCCAGACCCUCCACAGAGGGACCUGCUACUGACAGGACAUGAGGACGGCACAGUGCGUUUCUGGGACGCCUCAGGGGUCUGUCUAUACCCCAUGUACAAACUCAGCACAGCUGGAGUCUUUCAUACGGACGCCGACCCGAAUGAUAACAUGAACCAGGGCAGUGAGGGAGAGUGGCCUCCGUUCCGCAAGGUGGGCUGCUUUGACCCCUAUAGCGAUGACCCUCGGCUUGGCAUCCAGAAGAUCCAUCUUUGUAAAUACAGCGGUUACCUUACGGUAGCUGGAACCGCAGGACAAAUUCUGAUUCUGGAGCUGAACGACGAGGCCGCUGAGCAGAUGGUGGAAGCGACUGUGGUGGACCUGCUGCAGGGUCAGGAGGGUUUCCGGUGGAAGGGUCAAGCACGUCUAGACGUGCGGGAGGAGCCGGUAUUGUUUCCUCCAGGCUUCCAGCCUUUCGCCCUGGUGCAGUGCCAGCCGCCCGCGGUGGUCACGGCAAUUGCUCUCCACUCGGAGUGGAAACUGGUGGCGUUCGGUACCAGCCAUGGCUUUGGUCUUUAUGACUACCAACAGAGGAGCAACGUUAUGGUCAAAUGCACCCUGAACCCCAGCGAUCAGAUGGCCUUGGAGGGUCCGCUGUCUCGCGUCAAGUCCAUUAAAAAAUCCUUGCGCCAGUCCUUCCGCAGAAUACGGCGCAGUCGGGUGUCAAUGCGCAAACAUCACACCACCAAUGCAGCCAAGCUUCAGGAGAUCAAUGCAAAACUGGAGGCCGAAGCUCUGCAGGAAAUGGAGCUGGCUCCCGUACAGAGAAAGAUCGAAGCCCGUUCGUCGGACGACUCCUUCACGGGUCUUGUCAGGACGCUGUACUUCGCAGACACGUUUGUCAGCGAUAGUUCUCACAGUACGCCCUCGCUGUGGGCAGGGACCAAUGGAGGAGCCGUCUUUGCGUACGUUCUCCGUAUUCCCUCGGUUGAACGGAGGAUGGAGGAUCAUGUUGUGGCUCAUGCAGCUAAAGAGAUUCAGCUGAUGCAUCGUGCUCCAGUAGUCAGUCUGGUGGUCCUGGAUGGGAAGGGGACUCCUCUGCCUGAACCCCUGGAAGAGGCCCACGACUUGGCACGCCGUCCUGAAAUGCACGGCUCUCAUCAUCUGUUGGUGAUCUCAGAGGAGCAGUUUAAGCUGUUUACUCUGCCCAAAGUGAGCAGUAAGUCAAAGCUAAAACUCACAGCUGUAGACGGUUCCCGGGUACGACGUGUGGGCGUGGCCUGGUUCGGAAGUCGGACCGAUGAACAUUUGGAGAGCGGCUUGGUGGUUCUGACUAAUCAAGGCGAGCUGCACGUCCUCUCUCUGCCCUCCAUCAAAAUGCUGGUGCACUACCCCUGCAUACGAAAGGAAGAUGUCAGUGGAAUUGCCUCAUGUGUCUUCACAAAAUAUGGCCAAGGUUUCUACCUGAUGUCCCCAUCAGAGUUUGAAAGGUUUUCUCUGUCCACACGUUGGGUGGUGGAACCACGCUGUUUGGUUGAGGCUCCUCUUCAGGCGAGAUCCAAGAACCCAUCGAGUCCGGUUCACAGAGACCAACCAGACAGAGCCACAGAACACAGGAAUUUCAGAACCGACAGUGAAGGAUAUGAGAACUCUGCUACACAAGUAAUGGAGCAUGCUUUGCUCAACGAUGAGAGUGUUCUUCAGGAGAUCCAGAAGUCUCUAGAAGGAGAUCAGACGACCUUCCUUGAGAACAAUCUGAGGACUAAGCCAAAAGCAGGCAACAUGUUAAGCAAUGGAGACUGAGCCUUUUAAUCCCAGUGCCUGAACAAUUCUGGAUUCGUUCUGCAUUCCAGAUUUGCUUACGAACUGAACACUACUGCUAGCACCACUACUGAACCAUUUGAAAGCCUUGCCCUGGACAGAGGAACCUUUCACUCGGAGCUUCCACACCCAGGGGGACAAAAUAGAGUGAAGGACCACCAUCACCACCACCAGCAGUGCCUGUCAAGACCGAUCACUGUUUCUCCACUCAUUACAUUACAUGCUGACCAGCCACCAGCUUCCACUUUGCACGCUUCAGCGCAUCAAGGCAAAAGCUGCAGCAUUUGGACAAGACUGGCAGUUUUUUUUUACUUUUAACUUAAUUUUAAAUGCAUGAUUUUACUUUUAUACCAGAUCGAGGACCAGCGAGUCUGCAAACAUAAUAUGUGGGGAAAAUGCCAGUGGCUGAUGUUGACGAUUAGGUUGGGAUGAGAAGGCACUUGCAUAGUAGAUAUGAGGAUAAAGUUCCUUGCGCGUAUGAAACAUCCCACAGAAAGUAGUGUUGCCUUUUCACCCGUCCACACCAAUGAGAAUGAGAGCGUGAUUAGAUAAAUGUUGAUAUAGGUACUUAUUUUUGACACUACUGUGUAGUACACAUGCUGUAGUUUCUGGGGUGUACAGUUUUCUGAGGGGCUAGGAUUUGAAUUUCUUUUUUAAAUUGUUAUGCCAAUUAUGAAUGAUGUAAUUUAGGAAUGUAAUUUUAAAAUAUUGUAGUCAAAUGUUUUAAUAUAUGUGUAUAUGAAAAUCUUAUCUCGUUUUAACAGUGGGUUAAUUUUUUGGAGGGCUGUAUUUUCUGAUUCAAGGAAAUAUUUUGGUACUGUCUCCUGAAAUGCUUUUUAGCGUUUUCUUUGGGGGGUUCUAGAAUAUAUUUUUGUAGAGACUUGAUUAUGUAUGAGAACACUAAUAAUUAUUAUGCUUUGUAACUUCACACUACAGUCUUCUCAGUAAAUUUUUCACGUACAUGGUC